UCACGAGCGGCAGCACGUCACCUUACGCUACACUUCCCAGAACAGGGAGGAGCGGGUACUUAUUAUCGUGGAUAUAAACACCAUCUCUCCACGUUGGUUGCAUUAAGCCUCGUUGGCGAGGAUGAUCGACGUCCGGGCGUGGGCCGAGUACGUGGUGGAGUGGGCCGCCAAAGACCCCUACGGUUUCCUCACCACCGUCAUCCUGGCUCUCACGCCGCUCUUCAUCGCCAGCGCGCUGCUCUCCUGGAAACUGGCCAAGAUGAUCGAGGUGCGUGACCGGGAGCAGAAGAAAAAGCAGAAACGUCAGGAUAACAUCGCCAAAGCCAAGAGGACCAAGAAAGACUAGGCCUGCGGCUGGAACGAGGGCGUAAAGAAAAGGUGCGACCGCCACGCUCACAGUCCUCCUUAUUCCACUAACGACACGGGGCCCUGCUGGCCGCACCGGGCCACUGCGCCUCGUAUCCAGGGUCGGAGUCCGAGACGAACAGUACCGCCCGAAGGAGGCUCGUCCCGGUGGACCUGUGGUCACCUGUACCGUGUCAUCGUACGGAAAUCCACUGAUAAUCUCGUGCAGCCGUCGCAGCACCUUGCAUUCCAUUGUUGGCGUCCGUGUUCUGCUGAAUUGACGAUGUAAUGAGCGUACCGGAACCUGUCCCCAAAAUAGCCCAAAUGCAGCUUUUUAAUCAAUAAAGUUUUCAUGGUUGAUAAGAAAAUCGAA